AUGGACAAUACAGCUUUAAGCAACAAUACUUAUCCAUCAAAAACUAGGAAAAAUAAUGCUAUAACUGAGUGCAGUAGAAUAUCUUUUGGAAUUUCCAUUUCUAAACCAGACCAUGGACUGGAUGAAAUUUCAGUCGAAGACCGCCCGGACAUUAAUAUACCGUGUGAUGACAGCUUCUGGACUGAUGUUCCUUCAAUGAAUGAAAAUUUAACAUCUACCACCAUGACCAAAACCAUAUUAACAGCCCUCCAUUGUGAAGAUGAUGAUUCCAGCUCAGAUUACAACAUUUUUUAG